AUUUAGUUUAAGGGGAAAAACGAAAACCAAGAGAAAGUAGUUGCACCUUGAUUACUGGAGGAAGAAUUGGGGUUGUGACAUGGUUACACAGAAUUGCUUCUCCAUCACGCGUGGCGCUUUCAUGUUUGAAACCCCUCUCUCAGCAUACCUGUGAGGUAAUCCAUCGAACAGGUGGUGUGUUUGAACCGCUUUAUUGUAAACACAGUUAAUAAUUUGGAACUCUCAUUGAUUUGGGUAGCUGAAGAAGUAUUCUGUCAAAAGCUGUAUAGAAGUGCAUACCCGUCUGAUGAUACAUACAAAUGGAACUGCAGCUCACUUUGGGAAGUGAAGUAGAUCACUACCUUAGAAGUUCCCCACGUAAGGACGGGGACUUUACUUUUGGAAAAGUUAAUUGUGUAGAACAACAGAUAGCAUCCUCACAAGAACAUGCUAUACCAGAACAGGCAAUGUUCUCGCAAAAUCAUUCUGUGACCGAGCAGUUAGCAUCCUUUGAAGAGCAUUCCGCACUUCAACAGCCAGUGAAAAGACAGACACGAAAAUGGGCUGCAUGGACACGUGAAGAGGAAGAAAGUUUUUUCUCUGCACUGCGACAUGUUGGCAAGAAUUUUGAAAAAAUCACUAGUCGUGUUCAAAGUAAGAACAAGGAUCAGGUUAGGCACUAUUACUAUCGUCUUGUUAGGCGCAUGAACAAGUUGUUGGGCCCAGAACUUUGCCUUAAUGCCAAAAAUUCAAGAGACACCAAUGCUGCAAUGCUGCGAUGGUGGUCUUUACUGGAAAAAUAUAGCUGUAAAGCUUCAAAGCUUCACUUGAAGCCUCGGAGAUUCAAAAUAUUCAUCGAGACCUUGGAGAAUCAACUCUUGAAAGACCGAAAGAAGAAUGUAAGGAGGUGUUUUUCUCAAGGGGAAAAUACUUCAACUGCCCCUAUUUCUGUCUCAAAUCAAGGCAGGGCCUCUGGGCAUGAUGGUCGGUCAGUUAAAGUGGUUCUUCUUGACAAUCAAGACAUACACAAAUUUGGAUCUGGAAAAGGAUCAUCACUAAAACGCCAUAUAAAUAUAGGUGCCAAUAGCACCUCCUGUAAAACAGACUCUUCUCUUCUUAAAACAGCUAGACAUCGAAGAAAGAUAGGUGCCACAGCUGCAUAUAAAAGGUGGGAAAAGGCUGCAAUUGCUGGGGUUUCAUUGGUGGCUGAUGCUGCUGAACAUUUGGAGCGGACAACCACUGAUAAAGAGGAUGGGCAUUUCCAGGAUUCAAAUGUGCGAAAUGUUUUUGAGCAUAGUGGAAAAGAUCCACAUGUUUUCCCAGCCUUGUUGCACAAUUCGUUCAAUGAGACCAAUUUACAGAAUUCUGGGAAACUCAAACUCCAAUUAUUUCCUAUUGAUGAUGGUACUAGAAGAGCUUUGGAACUGGAUAAUCAUAAUCCAUAUCUGGAGCUCACUCUUGGUACACGAAAGAAGAUGUCAUCAGUGCUGGAGCAUCUCAAUCGUAAAUGGGGGAAUUCUAGCAUGGCAUGUGGAGAUUUAAUGCUUUUCCCUUACCAUUUACAUAAGGAAAACUUGGUGCAUUUUCAGAAAUGGACCAAGGAUACAACUCUCACUGCUGCAGAUGUAUAUGCACUAACUGGAAGCCCUCCAGUUUUCCGGCUUAGGUAUGGUUGGUUUUCAAAUGCAGAAGUAACAUUUCGCGCACCAGUAUCGUCUGCAAUACCAAGUAGACAUGAUGCAAACAUGAAUAUUGUGCAAGAAAGCAGUGUGGGAGUAUUACCAGCUCCUUCAACUGAUCCCCCUAAAGAGGCAAAUGGUUGUGCUAGUAUGAACACUGUGAAUGCUUCAAGGAGUUCUGAACAUACUGAAGCUGUACUUUGGGAAAAUCCUGAAACCGUAGUCACCGAGGCAGAAGUGGAUGACUUGCAGUUCAACAAGGCUGGAACCUCAUGUGUUGGGGAAUGGGCUGACAGCCUUACAAACAUAAGUGUUGGAGAUCUACUCUCUGAAGCACCUGAUAUGGAGGAUGCCAACUGCAUUACUUCCAGUAUACAUAGCAGUUCUAACUAUAUUCAUCAGAUUCCUUUCAGCUGCGAUUCCUUUGAUGCUGCAAUUGCUGCUCAUAUAAAGAAACAUCAAAGCAUAACUGACUCUCAAACAGCUCUUCCAUCUCAAUUAUCAUCAAUUUGGGGUGCUGAAGAUACAUGCGAUGCAUUUGCAUUUCAGAGACAUUCUCUCAGUGAAAAAGUGCAGAAUGCUUCCAAACAUACUUCUUUAGAGACCUGUAAACAGAUAACUUUGGCAAAUACUACUGCAUUGGGUGCACCAGUUGAGGAUCCGCCUGGUGCUAGGAAUCCAGUUGACGAUGCUGCUACUGCAGACCUUGAAAGUGUACCUUAUUCUCCUACUUCAGAUGUGAAGGAUUUUAAUGGGCUGUCUGAUGUAUAUUGGCCUGACUCUUUAGGACCAUUAGAUUUGGAUAUACCUUCCAGUAGAUACCAUAGCGAACUGAUUUUAAGCGAUAGUCUUGGUGGCCUGACCCAGCUCAUAGCCAGCAGUCUGGACGCAUUCCAAAAUUGCUCAUUUUUCGGAGCAGACAAGAAAGAGCCAGUCUCAACCACUGAAGCUCAAGAACCAUUGUAGAUUUCAGAUUACAGAAUUUGCACAGAAGUUUGAUGUCUCAAGACCAUUCCAUAGCAGGUGGAGAUGAUCUUUGUUGCUCAAGGAUGAUGACGAACCCCACUUAGUCCCUUGUAUGGCUGAGUUUAAUCAGGUACCGUACCUUAUGCAAUUUCAAGCCGUGACAUGCACAAAACACACGGCUUUUGAUCCAUCGGCCUUUUGCUGUACAAAGUUCCUGUCGUGUAUACUGUGACUAUUGUACACACCUUAAUAGAAAUAACUUGUACUUUGUUUAAUUUUCUCCAAAUGGAUGUAUGAGGUGGACACUCGGGAAACUUUGUGAGGAGUGGGACUUGAGGAAAAAUUUAUGCUUUAACAAUGAGAUAAAUGUAUAUAGGUAAAAUGUGUGGUUGAUGGAACUGAAGUUAUGAAUUGACCUCUAAUUUUAUUUUAUUUUAUUUUAUUUUCGGA